UCUGGGUAUAAUAGUUAUCUGUGAAACUGAAUUCUGUGUACUCUUUGAGUUCACUGUUUGUGACACAGUUUGUGAAGUGAUUGUUCUAAUAAUUAUUGCAGUAAAAAUAAUAAUUGAUGGAUAUAAUUUUGCUGGCCAACUUAUCAUUUCAGUUAAAGUUUAAUUUUUCACUAUUGUAAUAAUUUGGUGUGGGUACCACUGAUGUACAAACUGAGAAGUUACAGUACUGAAUGUGAAGUGUGAACAAGUGAUUCACUGUGUGAUAACUCUUGAGACAAUCAACUGUAUAUAAAUAUAAUUUGCUGUUUCCGGCAUCCGGGCGAGGCGGACGGCGUUACUCAGACGGCGUUACUCGUAAAACAAAGCUUUUCGAUUUAAACAAUACAAGGAAAGGCUGAUUGCGUACUGUAGCGUAAAUGAACGCAAACAAUACGUUUGUUAUGGAGUCGCGGUGAGCAGGCCUGUGAUAAGCCAAACAUGUGGAAGGCAGGCGUGUUCUUGGCACUGGUUGUGUCGGUUGGAGCAUUACUUGAAGGACCAAAUGUGUGCACCAGGCAAGAAUCAUACACAACAACGAUAAAGAUAUCCGAGCAACAACCAUAUCAAGUGAAAGAAUACGCGUGGUGUUUCAACGUUCCACCACGAUGUUCGAGAUAUAAGAUCAAAUUCAAGCAGGUUCUAAAAACUCAGACACUUGUGAAGCAGAGGCCGGUGGAAGAAUGCUGUGAAGGCUACGCGCCGGAUUCCGAGAGGAGGCAAUGUCUGCCUGUCUGUGUGGAGCCGUGUGUGAACGGGAAGUGUGUGGCGCCGAACACGUGUGCGUGUGCGCACGGAUAUGGGGGCCCUGCGUGCGAUAUAUCUUGUGCUGAUGGUAAAUGGGGCCGCAACUGCCAAAACGACUGUCGGUGCAUGAACGGCGGCACGUGCGAGCCGCUGACGGGCGAGUGCGCGUGCGGCGCGGGCUGGCGCGGCGACGCGUGCGAGAAGGCGUGCGCGCCGCCCUCGUUCGGCGACAACUGUGACCAGAUCUGCCAGUGCAUGAACAACGCCACAUGCGACCCGGCCAGCGGGGCUUGCAGCUGCCCGCCGGGAUUCACUGGACCCUUAUGCGAGAAAGAGUGUCCGCGUAACGAACCAUGCCCGGUGCUAUGUAAAUGUCAGAACGACGGUAAAUGCAACCCCGUAACCGGUGAGUGCGAGUGCACCUCGGGCUGGACGGGUGCAGUGUGCGCCAACAAGUGUCCCGCGGGCCGCUGGGGCGACGGCUGCGCGCGCACGUGCGAAUGUGCCAACAACGCCGGCUGCCACCACGUCACGGGCCAGUGCCAGUGCGAAGCCGGCUUCACGGGGGAAAAGUGUCUUGACCCGUGUCCGCUGGGCACGUAUGGUGUGGGGUGCUUCGGCAAGUGUUCGUGCCAGCACGGCGGUGAGUGCUCCGCGCAGACCGGCUCGUGCACGUGCAAGCCGGGCUGGCGCGGCACGUGGUGCGAGCAGCGCGCCUGUCCCGACGGGCUGUGGGGCAAGCGCUGCGACAACGAGUGCAGGUGCAACCCCGCCACUACUGACAUGUGCGACCCGUGGACGGGCGAGUGCGACUGCGCGGCGGGCUGGAGCGACGAGUUCUGCGAGCGCCAGUGCCCGCUGCUCACGUUCGGCAAGGGCUGUCGCUCCACCUGCCGCUGCGAGAACAGCGGACACUGCUCGCCCAUUAACGGAUCGUGCCUGUGUGCGCCCGGAUACCGCGGGCUGCGUUGCGAGGAGCCGUGCCCGUUCCCGCUGUACGGCGACAACUGCGCCGACACGUGCGACUGCCAGAACAACGCCACGUGCUCGCACGAGACCGGCCAGUGCGAGUGCAAGCCUGGAUUUGAUGGGCUCAAAUGUGAUCGGCCGUGCGAUGGAAAAACAUUCGGCUUGAAGUGUCUUCAACAGUGCAGCUGCGAAAAUGGUGCCCCGUGCAAUCCUGUUAAUGGUGAAUGUGUAUGCGGGCCCGGGUACGAAGGUUCCCAGUGCGAGCGGCGUUGUCGGCCCGGUUUCUACGGACAGAACUGCUCGUUGCCCUGCGACUGCACAAAGAACGCUGUCGGCUGCAACCACAUCACCGGCGCUUGCACCUGUGAAAGCAGCUGGAGAGGUGUUCGUUGUGAAACGCAAUGCGAAGCGGGGCGGUUUGGCGACCAGUGUUCGGAGCGCUGUCCCUGCGCCAAUAACUCGUCGUGCGACGCGGGCUCAGGGCUCUGCGAGUGCGCGGCGGGCUGGCGCGGCGAGCGCUGCGACGUGCCCUGCGCGCCCGGCACCUACGGCGUCGCCUGCAAGCAGACGUGCCCGCACCAUAUCCUCGGUAAUUCAACGUGCGACCCGAUAACUGGCAAGAACGCGUGCCCGAGCGGUUACACGGGUGUGACGUGCGAGUACCCCUGCCCGCUGGGCACGUACGGUGCCGGCUGCGAACAGAAGUGUAACUGCAAAAACGGCGCUGAUUGCCACCAUGUUACUGGCGAGUGCCAAUGUCUGCCCGGCUGGCGCGGCGCGCUGUGCGGCGAGGCGUGCCCGGUGGGCUGGUGGGGCGCGGCCUGCACGCAGCCGUGCCGCUGCGCGCGCGGCGCCGCCUGCCGCCCCAACGACGGCUACUGCCGUUGUCCGCCCGGCUACACCGGCAGCUACUGCACACAAUUUUGUCCGGUGGGCUACUUCGGCGACCACUGCAUGGAAGCCUGCAACUGCUCGUCGGAGGGCAACUGGGCGUGCGACCCGGUGAAGGGCUGCGUGUGCCACCGCGGCUACAUCGGCGACCACUGCGACAUCCACGCCAGCGACGCCAUCGUUGUCGACCGCGCCAAUACAGACGGGUCAAACGCGGGGCUGACAGCGGUGCUGGUGCUGCUGGUGGCGGCGUGCGCGGCGGGCGCGGGGCUGGUGCUGCUGUACUACCGCAAGCGCGUGCGCAACCUCAAGCGCGAGAUCGCGCACGUGCACUACACCGCCGACCCCAGCUUGCAGCCAGAACAACAACACUUCGACAAUCCUGUGUACUCGUUCCCGAGCUCGACGCGCGGAGACGAUUCGACGACGCUGUUGAACAACGCGACGCACAUAUUCAACAACAACCUCGGCGCUGGCGGCAAGCUCACCAACACCACCUUGGAGAAACUAAGAAUGGGAGCCUCCAGCUCGCAUAACACAUAUGAUCCCUAUUCUAUGAAGAACAAGGACGCGGAUAUGACGAAUCCGAAGUUGUACCAUUGUAUCGACGAUGACAAUAAGUUGGACCAUGUUUAUGACGAGAUUAAACACAAAGAGGGAUAUGAAAUGGAAUACGACCACCUCAACUACACACCGCCAGCGAACACGUGGAAGCCACACUACCAGCGGAUGAACAACGGUAUUCCAGCCAAUCCACAAGCCAACACGGCACGGGGUGACACGCCCACGCCGCCCAUCCCUCCCCUGCCCAAGCUGCACGUAGCACCGCUCCCCCCGCCCCGCGAGGAGGUGCCCCUCGGCCCGCCGCCCCUUAACCCACCCACGCCGCCAAGGAGAGAGGACCCGCCCAAUGAUGACGUCAGUACCCCUUGACAAUACCGAGUAAAUCUGCUUUAAAAGUUUCUACGCAAUAUCUACAAAGGAAAAAGCAAAGAAAAUAUAUUCAUUCAACAAUGAAGAAUAUAGAAGUAGAAUGUCAAAAAUCCGAAAGUUCGUGGUUCUGGUUGGUAGACAAUAGCUUUAAAGUCUUUUUCAAUAUUUGUAACAGUAACGCAUGAAAGUUAAGUAAUUAAUUCUUAUGUUAAGCGAUAUAUGGCUAAACGCAAUCUCUAAACAAAACUAAAAUGACGUCUUAAUAUUGCUAUCCCUUUCAUAAUGUUUCCUGUGAAAAAGGAUUGGCUUUGGACUUGGAUUUAGACUUGCCCAUUUAGUUUGUUUAGAGAUUGUGUACAACAGAAUUAGUCACAUUAGCUUGUAAUCAAUAAAUAGAAGAGUUGAUCAAUUAUUUUCUAAAUUAUUCUAAUAAAAUUAUAUUUUGAUAUACCUUUUGUGGGUCCUUUUGAGCGGAAAUUGAUGUCAUUGUAUAAUAAUGUGCGAAAUAUUUGUUAAAGAUCUCUUGUUAUUUUUAUUUUAAUGAAAAUAAAAAUGUUGAUUAGAUAUACUUAUGAUAGUUAUAUUAAAAAUAAUUAAAAAUAUUUAUAUUUCAUGCAAUUUAAAAUUAUAAUGUUAAGAAAUCUACCUUAUCCAUCUUGUGAACUGAUAUUACAAGUAUUGAAGUAUAACAAAGUAUCGUGAGCAUGGCGUUUAUAACGGAAUCUUUCUGGUAAAUAGAUUGCUUUGUAAAAUUUGCUAAAUGAUGCCAGUGACUUUGUCUGCGUGGACAUAGGUUUUUUAAAAAUCCCGCGUGAUUUUCCGGGAUAAAAAGUAGCUUACGUGUUAAUCACGAAACACAAUUAACUCAUAUCGUGAAGGUUGUCAUAUUAUAGUAUAAAAAAGCUUCAUAUACUUACUAAUUACAAAAAAAUAUGAA